CGCUGCUGUGGCAGUGGGCAUCGCACGGCGGACCGCCCAGGCCAGCUCUGCAAAUUCGAGAGAACACACCAAGAGGAGAAGAUGUCGAUCAAUCCAAACGGAUAUAAACUGUCCGAUAAAACGGCGCGGCUCACGGCACAUGAUCUGCUGCCGACUACAGUCAGCGCCACUGCUGAAACCCGAGAGUUCCUCCAAAAGGUCAUCGAUGUCCUCUUGGAUUUCGUAAAGGCGACCAACGAUCGCAACGAGAAGGUGCUUGAGUUCCAUCAUCCAGAGGAAAUGAAAACGCUUAUCAACUUGGAGAUACCGGAUCGCGCGGUGACGUUGCAGCAGUUGAUUGAGGAUUGCGCCACCACACUCAAAUAUCAGGUGAAGACUG